AAAGCUUCCCGUUUUAAAAGAGAACUUUACUUCCUGUUUUCAUUUUUUCUUCAUGUGACAUCUGAGACAUUUCAUCUCGAAAGUGUGUAAAAACACACACACACACACACCGCGCGCGCUGCCACGUCAGGGUUACAGCUCUAGAUAAACACCUGGCAGAGCUCACACAACACACACUCAGCGGACAAACACACUCUCAUAGGAGCGCAGAUCAGCCGAGCGCCGGAUUAUUGAGCAUCAUGGAGAGCAAAUACAACCUGAAGAGUCCAGCUGUGAAGAGGCUGAUGAAGGAGGCAGCAGAGCUUCGCGACCCCACAGAACAUUAUCACGCUCAGCCACUGGAGGAUAACCUGUUCGAGUGGCACUUCUCCGUUCGAGGACCUCCAGAUUCUGAUUUCGAUGGGGGAGUUUAUCACGGCCGGAUCGUUCUUCCUCCUGAAUACCCCAUGAAGCCCCCCAGCAUCAUCCUGCUCACUCCCAAUGGAAGGUUUGAAGUGGGGAAGAAGAUCUGUCUGAGUAUUUCUGGUCACCAUCCUGAGACGUGGCAGCCGUCCUGGAGCAUCCGGACUGCUUUAAUAGCGAUCAUAGGAUUCAUGCCGACUAAAGGAGAAGGAGCGAUCGGAUCUCUGGACUACACUCCUGAUGAGAGAAAAGCUCUCGCUAAAAAGUCUCAGGAUUUCUGCUGUGAGGCGUGCAGCAGCUGCAUGCGCUCGGCUCUGCUGCCUCUCUCUCCUGACAGUGACCUUCGACCCGCUGACCCUCAGAGACUGGCACAGCAGAUCAGCUUCAAGGCUGAGUCCAGCUCCUCCGCUGCGGACAGUGGCAGCUCCUCAUCAGCAGCGGCCGCAGUGUUUUCCAGUACCAGCGAGAGCUCUGAGACUGCAGACCAAGACACCGAGGACACGUCUGCAGCUGAGCAGACCGAAUCCUCAUCUGUGGCUCCUCAGACAUCAGCCGAGGAUCCAUCAGUUUCAGCAGCUCCAAGUCCCCGUCAGCGCCGCUCCCAGAACCAGUCCCCGUCCCCCAGAUCCCCUGUGUUCCCGGCGUCCCCCGCGGCCCCGCACCUCCCUCAGGACAGCAGUCGCACCGGCUCGGCCGUCCUCAUCGUGCUGCUCACGCUGGCUCUGGCCGCACUCAUCUUCCGCAGGAUCUAUUUAGCACACGAGUAUAAGUUUGACUAUGAGCUGUAAACUCUUUCUCCAGCGGCGUACGCUCCGUGACCGGACGUCUGUUUCCUACAUUCAACUCUUCAUAAAUGAUUAAAAAGGGGUGAAUAUUAGUACGCUAGUCAAUAUAUCAGGUCUUGAUUUCACCCCAAAACGUACCAAAUUUACUAAAUGAGUUAUUUUUUCAUUAUAAUAUUUUUCUCUGGUCCCAUUUUCUCUUAAGUGGCCUUAACAAAUAGGUACCUGCACUGAAACUAUUCAUUUAUUACAAUAUACUCCUGUAAAUAUGUGUUUUUACUUAGUACUUAUGCUUGAUUAAAUACCUGAAUGUAAUAAUAUGUUUAAUUUCUUACCUUAAACCUCCCCAUACAGCCAAACCUGUCCCUCACCUGACCCGUAUCCCAGCUUAAGAGCACCACAAGUGUUCUGCAGUAUGAACAAUACAUUAUGAACACAGUAAGUACUUUGUAUUUAUAUUCUGAUGCAAGUACAUAGUAGUUAAGGCCACCUAAGAUAAAGUGGGACCAUUUUUUUUUUGCUUUGCUGAAAGUGACAGCUGUCUGUCUCGUGAGGUCACGACUGAAAUGUUUUAACUGUAAAGUAUUUAUGCAUUGUGGGAUGACAAAAACUGCCUUUUUAAUUGAAGAUUUUAUUGUUUAAAUCAUCUGGUGAGUUCGUUAACUCUAAUCAGACUCUCUGGCAUUUGAAGGGGUGUUCAUAAGACUGUCAUGAACAUGAAUGAGAUAUUAUACAUGCUUAUGACAGCUGCCAUUAACCCUUUAAGGUGCACUACUUAGGGGGAAAAAACAACUCUGAUAAAUAUUAUGACUACCUUUGAUAAUGAUAACCUAUGGAUCAAGCAGGUGGUUCCGAUGCCUGUUAAAGGGUUAAGAGUCAUUGGCGCAGUUGUCGUCAAUUUAAAUGGGAAUGCAUAGAUGAUAUUGUUUGAGAAGUCUUUGUUGCGACAACUUGACAUUACCAAGUCAACAUAACUUGUCAUAAACCUGUCAUCAACAUGAUUGUCAUGAGGCGGUUAUGAAUUUAAUAGCAUCAUUUAUAUUUUUCUUGGCCUCAGUUACAGUGGUACUAAUUAAAUUUGACAUUAAAAUAUAAUUGAUUAAAUAUUAAUGAUGCUGUUAUUAAAUUAUUUGAUGGAGUAUUGACAAUCUUCGGUUAUUAUAUUAAUUUUAUUCUACUGAAAGAAGUGAUCAGAUAAAGAUUCAUGACUUGGUUAUAAUUGGUACAUGUUUAUGACAGACUUCGUAACAUCAAGUUGUCAUAACAAAGGCAUCUCAAACAGUUUUGCAUUUAAAAUGACACAACUGAGCGAACGUCACUGAAUAACAGUUGUCAUAAACAUGCAUAAAAUCUCAUUCAUAUUUCUGAUUUGUCGUGUCAUGAUUAUAAAAGUGUCAUGACAGUCUUAUAAACAACCCAUUCUUCUCGUGUUUAAUCACAAAUUCUGUGUAAUAUUCCUGUUAUCGUCAUGCAGAAUAUCAUUAACACAAUUACAUUUCAUUGUGGGGUGAAACGUGACCAAGAUCUGUGGUUUCCUUGCAGAUCCUGCAGUAUAAUGCAGAUUAUUAUAAAGUGUUUGAGUCUGCUGUUUAUUAAAUAUCACAUUAUAGUGUGUGGAAAUGUACAGAUUUGAUGUUAGACUGAAACAGACUAGUCCUAGCCUGAGAAUGUGCAGACUGCUUCUGAUAUCGCCCAAAUAAAUAUUUAUAUAUGCUAAUUAUGUAGGCAUGGUUGUAAUAUAUUGCUUUUAAAUGGGUUAAAAAUCCACAUGGUUGGACUGAACUUCACUUAUAAUUAUAUAAUAACUGCAUUGUUUUUUCUUUUUUAACCUAAUCUAUCAUACAACUUUGGAUGUCAAUACUGCAAUAUAAUACAUGAAUUAAAUGUAUAGGCAAAUGCUGCUGCCCCUAUGUUUACUUUCUAAAAGGGUCAGUUCACCCAAAUAUUUACAGUGUGUGAUCAUUAAACUGAUGAAACUCAGGUUUUGAGUUUCUUGCUUCUGUUGAACACAAAGGGAAAUGCUGGACAAUAACAGCCAUUAGCUCUGUUUCCAUCCACCUAUUUGUAAAGUGAAGUGACGCUGAAAACAGGGAGUGAGGAUCCAAACGCAGGGUUUAUUAUACAGAGAUGGUCAGGCAAGCAACAGUCAACACAGGAGCAAACGGAUGUAUAUGGGCAAUCCAGAGUCGUGGUCAAUAAGCAGGCAAAGCAAGGUUUAAACAUGCAAGCCAAGGAAAAUGCGUCGUAAUGUUCUGUAAAACAAGACUCAGCAACAAUGUGUGUGUUUGUGCUGUUUUUAUAGUCCAAUGUUAUCAGUCUUUGACAAUCCUCCGGCUAUGUGUAUGCAAUCAGUUAGGAUUAGGAACCGGUGUGAGUGUGCGUGGUGCAUGACUGGAACCUGUAGUCCAUAAUAGCGGAUUUGUAGUCCGUUAGCGAUCUGCAACCGCUAAAUCGCUGAUAAUCAUAACACUAUUUCAAUGCAAAUAUUAUUUACUGUCAUCAUGGCAAACAGAAAAUAAACCAGUUAUUAGAGAUGAGUUAUUAAAGCUAUUAUAUUUAGAAAUGUGUUGAAGAAAUCUCUCCGUUAAACAGAAAAGAAUAAACAGGGGGGCUAAUAAUUCUGACUUCCACUGUAUGUGUAAUUUCCCUAUAAGACAACGAUUUUUUUUAUCUGAAGAGACUUAAAAGGAAAUAUCUUUAAAUGUGAAUCCUUCAAAAAUGGUAGAUAUUUAUCAAAAGUAAACCUUAAAAGCUGUGUUAAACCAUAUUUUUUUAUCUUAUUUAUUGCUGUUGAUGUCUUUUUUUAUUGUUAUAAUUUGUCUUGAUUAUUAUAGAUAAGUGAUGUUUAUAAAAUGUUGUAAAUUUAAUCUGGUUUUGCCAAGAAAUAGCCAGAGGAGCUGAUAUUUCUUUGAUUCUCUCUUAGGAUUAUGCCAUAAGGAAAUGAUUAAUGGACAGGUUCAGAUGUGCAUACAUUUUAAAAAUGCAUAAAGUAUGACUGAGUAGGAUAAACUUUUUAUUCAAUACAAAAAAAGUGUGUAUAAACUAUAAUGAAAACGCAUGUACCAAAUAAAUUCCAGCAUGCGCAUAAAAAAUGGAUGUGAUUUUGUGAUAAAAGGUCAUGUGAUGAUUAAAAUGUGUGUGUGAUGUGACACGUUAAUGGACUUUACAGCAUUUCCAGCACAUUGAAAAACAUCUGAAAUGUUGUUUUGCUGAUUUCUAAAACUCCUCAGCUGUCAGUCCAUCACCACAGUGCUUCAGUAUUAUUCUUCUUCUAUUAUUAUUCCCUCCGGAACUGUCUUGAGCAUCUUUCUGAGCUCCCAAAUGCCACCACACUGCAUUCACUGCAUUUCGUCUUCGUUUUCUGAGGCGCAACUCAUUUAUUAGAGAAGAAAAACCACCACAGUGGCUUCUCCAAACACACUAAACUACAUCUCUCUGGCUGAUAUUUGCUCCAGUUUAUCAGGAAGUGAACAUAUUGUUCACUUUAGCUAGAUGCUGAUGCUGUUUUAUUCGCAAAUCUUUUAUGCGAUUAUUCCAGUUUGCGCAUAAUUUUAGCUCACAUCUUUGGAUGUAAACACAUUGGCUUCCAAAUUUUUGGUUCCUGGCCUACUAUGAAUGUCAAUGGCUGCUUUUUCCAGCAGAGUAUCUUGUUUCAAUGUUUAACAGAAGAAAGGAACUCAUAAACGUGAGUAAAUGAUGAGGACAUUUUCAUUUUUGGGUGAACCGUGCCUUUAAGCAGCAGUCAGUAUUUUUCUCCAGCUUAAUAUUAAAUUGGACGAAAAUGCAAUAAAUGUUGGUAUUUAAGAGUU